AUGAGCACAAUGGUAAUUCUGGAACCCAGGAAAAGGCGAACUAAAGUGAUGGUUCUUGCGGUGGGACUAAGCCUUGUCCUGUAUGGGAUCGCUCAUUUCAUUCACAAAGCUGCCUUUUCCAGCCUAAGCACUGCUGAACGACUACGUCGAGCUCUAACGGAUAAUGUCACCAAGUGCGUGCAGGCUCCCUCAUCUGAAUUCCCUGAAGGAUUUUUUACACUGGAAGAGAGAAGGGAGGGAGGGAUAAUUAUUCACUUUAUCAUCAUCCUCUACACGCUGCUGGCUAUUGAUAUAGUUUGUGAAGAUUAUUUCUUACCUUCCUUAGAGGUUAUCAGUGAAUGUCUUGGUCUCUCUCCGGAUGUUGCUGGAGCAACAUUUAUGGCAGCUGGAAGUUCUGCACCCGAACUGGUCACAGCUUUUCUAGGAGUCUUUGUGACUAAGGGAGAUAUUGGAGUCAGUACAAUAGUUGGAUCAGCAGUUUACAAUUUGCUUGGCAUCUCUGCUGCAUGUGGCUUAUUAACUACCAUGGUUUGCAGGUUGACUUGCUGGCCUCUGUUCAGAGAUUGUGUGGCUUAUGCAGUCAGUGUUGCAGCACUUGUUCUUAUUAUCUUCGACAAUGCAAUUUACUGGUACGAGUCUGCUUUGAUGUUAUUGAUCUAUGCAUUAUACAUUGUGGUUCUGUGCUUUGACAUUCGAAUAAACCAGUACCUAAUGGAGAAAUUUAGCCCAUGCAGCGUCUGUCUAACACAAACAGUGGAAGAAGACAAUGAGCAGCAACCACUGAUAGAUUGGCAAGGAAAAAAUGGGCCGUUGGUACAUCGGCGUUCUCGAUCAGACAGUGGGAUCUUUCAAGAAGAUUCUGAUUAUUCCCAACUCUCUCUCAGUUUACAUGGGCUCUCUGAGAUUAUUGAAGAUGAAUCUCGUGUUUUUGUAAUGCCUGAAUCCGAUACAAAGCGAAUCAUGUGGGUACUCUCUCUUCCCAUCGCUGCAUUGCUGUCCAUAACGACCCCAGAUUGUCGCAGACAUCAAUGGAGAAAGUGGUUUAUGCUAACUUUUUUCAUGAGUGCUGUGUGGAUUUCUGGAUUUACAUACGUGUUGGUUUGGAUGGUAUCUAUAGUAGGAGAAACCCUGGAAAUUCCUGAGACAGUGAUGGGUCUCACACUGUUGGCAGCAGGCACCAGUAUUCCAGACACAGUGGCCAGUGUACUCGUUGCCCGAGAAGGCAAAGGAGAUAUGGCAAUGUCGAACAUUGUAGGUUCCAAUGUAUUUGAUAUGCUCUGUCUUGGCAUACCCUGGUUUGUAAAAACUGCAUUCAUUGAUGCAACGCCUGUAAAAGUGAACAGCAAUGGCUUGACCUACACAACAGCUUCUCUCCUCCUUUCCAUUAUCUUCAUGUUUGUGGUGAUUAAAAUUAAUGGAUGGAAACUAGACAAGAAACUUGGAGCAACAUGCUUGUUCGCUUAUGUGGUUUUUCUCACCAUCUCCAUUCUAAAUGAACUGGGAAUACUAGGCAACAUUCUCAUAAGGACAUGUGAUUAA